AUGUCUCGCUUUGGUCUUGAUCUCCUCGGAAGAGAAAACCCGCCGCCGGGUUACUAUUCCGCUUCCAAAUACUGGCGGGUUCAGGGGGUUGGUGAUCAACCGGUCAACUUGAUGGUCCAGAUGGUCGAUUGCCACACCAGCUACAAGCUGUUUUCCCCAAAGGAUGCCUCAAAACCUCAGGGCGCUUGGAACAUGAUAAAAUCAAAACAACAGUUCCUAAUUUCAUUCGCUGCAUUCAAAGGAACCGAGGCGGCGAUUCAGAAUGCUAUAAGAUUUGGAUCUCCACACAUCGACUGGAAAAUCUCGAUGAAGCUUCCAGCAGCCGAUGAGUUUCUCAAGCCGGCAAAAUAUACCGUCAACGACAAAAGUUCGUAUUCUCACUGGAUUGCGACCAUUGUUGACAAUGGGAAGGACCACACAGACGUAGUCUUAGAAGUUGCGAUGGUCAACCCGGCAAGCUUAAAAAAAGACGAGAAGUUGGCUAUCGAGCUGAACAAGCACAACUUGAAGCAGGCUGCCGUCCAACAAGCUUCUGGAUCCAAUCCAUCUGUUAAAGCAAGCAAAUUUGAUCCCAUCAACAUUCUCACCAACAAGAUCUAUGCGACUCACCCGCUGUGGUAG